GCCGCCGGCUUUUUACGUUCGUGUAUGUUUGGAGUGUGUGCCCGUGUGUGUGUGUGUGUGUGUGACAGAGGAUGAAAAGUCUUUCCUAGACAUCCAUAGAUUGCCCAUGCUGCACAAGGAAUGUAUCCGCUGUCAAGAAAGAGACUGUAAUCCCAACAAAGCGAUAAUAUUUUCGGGACUUUUGUCAGGCAACAUAAAUCUGGAUCUAAAAAGAGCAGCUGUGUAAUUGCGUACUUUCCUGCGCGAUGACAGAAGUGGCCAGUCCAGUUUCAAUAAUGGACUCUGAGAUGAUGUUCCAGCCUGAGUCAGAUCAGAUGUCUCCAAUUGAACCCAAAUCUCCACCUCUGGACCUGAUCGAUACAGGGAAGGGCCUGAAGGUCCAGACAGCCACACCCCAUCUGGUGAGCCUGGGCAGCGGGAGGCUGAGUGUGGCAAUCACUGUGCUGCCACUGAAAGAAGGGGUGACCCGCAUAGGCCGAGAAGACGCCCCAAUUCCUCAAGAUAUCACUGUCCAGGGGCCCGGCAUCGAGGCAGAGCACUGUCUCAUCAUCAAUGAAGGAGGAGUGGUGACGUUGGACCCCUGCGGUCACCUCUGCAGUUUGGAUGGAGUACAGGUCACUGUGCCCACACCACUCACACAAGGUUACUCAUUGUGUCUGGGUAAGAGCUAUUUCUUCCGGUUCAACCAUCCUGAGGAGGCAAGCAGAAUGAAAAGCAUGCUUCCACAAAAGAGCCCUGUGUCAGCUUUAGCCUACAAUACAGACUACCUUAAGUUUAGCAGUGACUAUAGCCAUGCGGUGGUUGGCGGGACCAGCAGCGCGAGGGGCAUGCGUUCAGCCUCCGAACUCCGGGAUUUGAUGGACACCCUGCAGCGCAAGAAGAUUGCCCUGGAGAACAGCCUGAGAGCCAACGGGAAUGCUAACCCGUCCUACUUCAGCAUGACACAGUCUCCCCCCACCACACCUAUCGCAUCAUCUGGCUCAUCCUCUUCUGCCUAUCAGGAACAGGCAAGACGUUUCUAUGGCACAGAUCGUCCCCCCAUGUCAAUGAAAUCCAACCCCCCUCUUUCCCCUUCCCGACGAUCUGACCCUUCCUCUUCUCUGGCCUCCCGCACCUCCAUUGGUCGCAACCAGGACAACUAUGGCAUCAGUGAUAGCCGACGGCUGCACAACCCGGGCUCCUCUCCUUUAUUGUCCACAUGGAAUGGUGGAGGCUCUUCCACUUCUGUUGCCGGUAGCGAUAGCUUCCUCCUCUCUCUUCCUCCCUCUUCCUCCUCAUCCCGCACUCCAUCAGCAGGAGGCGCAACCAGUAUGCCCUCAAGCCCCCGUCUUGGACGGCGUAGCUUUGGCAACCAAGAGCCAUCACCGAGCAGUCGAACCAGGAAAUACUCGGCAGGCUCACUGAGUGGGAUGAUGGCAGGAGGGCACAGCCGCUCACUGCCACGCCUCUGCCCCUCCCCCUCUCCCCGCGACAACAAUGGACUGUUGACCUUGUCAACGCUGCCCCCACGUCGGUCAGAUGUUGCAGGGUGUUACAAACUUAGCAAAGACCAUUACAACAAUAACAACAGCCUAAAUGCCAGUCCUGACCUCAAUCACAACUCUAGUAACUCCAGCCAGCAGUCUUCCAACAGGAAUCAAAUCCAGGCCACAUCUCAGGGAGAAGGUGUUGUGUCUAUCUCCCUCUCCUCUCCUAAGAACAUGUCCUCCCCCACCCCCUCCAUCUCCUCCACAACCGCCCCACCUGAUGUGACCAUCCCAUCCAGGGCAGGGGGCUCCUCUUCCCCUCGUGUGGCCAAAAAACUCAGCUUGACUUCCACAAGCUCAGUGGGCUCCAUCAGCUCCACAAAUUCCAGCCCUCCAGAACCAGAACGGCUGGCCAGCCGUGGAUUCUCCCCAGGAAUGGAGCUAUCUUUUGGGGAAAGGCGUGAGCUAGGCCUUGAACUCACUAGUGCCCCGGGGCUUGGACUUGGAGAAAGGAGGUCUUCAUUUGGGAAGGCAGGACUAGAACCUGGGAUAGGCCUUGGUGAGAGAAGACAGUCAUUUGGAAAGGCUGGAGUGACCCCACCAGGGGGUUUCAGGGAAAGAAGGGGGAGUAUCAGCUCAUUGAGUGGGAAGGAGGAACUGACUGACUACCACCAGCGCCAAAAAGAGGAAAGACUCCGUGAGCAGGAGGUGGAGAGACUGGAACGACAGCGUCUAGAGACCAUCUUGUCUCUGUGUUCAGAGCUGGGCCGGACUGAGAGGGAUGGAGGUGGCACGGCUACAAGUCCCACAUCUGCUGUGGCGGACCUCCGAAAGAUCAACCAGGAGCUUGAAAAACUCCAACUGAACGACGACGACGAUGAUGACACACCGUCUGUCUUUUCUGACUCUUCAGCUGUAAAUGGAAUGACAGGAAAUGGACACAUGACCUCACCUGGAUCAGAGAACGGUUACUAUGAUGAUGAUCUACAGGUACGACAGAGGCGCAGCAGCGGUACCCGAGACAGCAGGGCAGCAUCACCUGCUAUCAGUCUGCGAAGCUCUGCCCCUUCACCCUCUCCACGUAGACAGAGGACCAAUGAGGCACUAGACGAUGCAAUUCGCCGCCAAGGACAGGACAUGAGGCCUUCAGAGGAGGAAGUGAGACGUGUGGAAGAGGAGAGGAUUCAGGUGCUGAACAACAUGGAGGAGCUGGAGCAAAAGAUCAAAGAGCUGGACAACCAAAUGGAGGAAUCUGCCCGAGAGGUGGAGGUCGAGCGAGCUCUGGUGGACGCUGAGCAGGAGUCAGAGGUAGCUGCUCUCCAACAGGAAAAAGACGCUCUGGAAGCACUUCACAACAAGAUAGCUGAGCUAGAGACCAAGUCCCAGCAGGAAAAAGAAAAGGCGUGUGAGUUGCUGCAGGCAGAAAGGGGCAGAGUAGAGAGGUUGGCUCAGAUUGUGUGUGAGCAGCGCUCCCAGCUGGACAGCUGCCCUGAGGCCACCAAGGAGCCCCUGCAGGAGCAGCUAGCCAGGGAUUGUGAAGUACUCGAGGCAGAGACAAAGCGGUUUGAGGACCUGGAGUUCCAGCAGCUGGAGAGAGAGAGCAGGCAGGACGAGGAGAAGGAGACCCAUACACAGCAGCUUCUUCGGGAGAUUGCUGACUACCAGCGGAGCACAGUCACUCGCAAGGAGCGACUGUUGACUCUGAAGAAGCAGGCAGCACAGAUUACCCAGCAGGCUCAGCGAGAGAAGGAAAGCUUCUUGAAGGAGAGGAGCACCCUGGAGGCAAUGCUGCAAAGGGAGAAAGAAAACCUUGCCACACUGGAAAGAAAGUAUGCUGACCUCACCGGGGGCCGGAGCUUCACUCUAAGAGAGGGCUAUGUCACAGUCAGUGAAAUCAGUGAGCUUUACUCACAGUUUGGGGGGGACCCUAAACACGCCCAUGCCCCCGCUCUCACCAAUGUCUCUACUGAGUCCGAGGCAAACCCCUCCCCUGACGACGACACCUGCAAACCAGCGGAGGAUGAGCAUUUCCGUUUGCUGGAGGAGAGGAAGAGGUCUGACAAAGAAGGUGGAUCCCAUCUAAGUGGCACAUUACCCAGGAAGAAAACCACACCCACCAUGACCCCCCAGUUCACAUGUGCAACACUCGGACGCAGCUAUCCUUCCAAGUCCCAUCAGCCCUUGGUACAGAGCACAAGUUGCGGCAGCAUUCUUCCCAGAAUUCUCUCCUUAUCCAACAAGGAAACAGAAACUCGACGUCUGUAUAAAGGUCAGCCUAGCUCCCGAGCAGCUUCCCAGACCAAUGUCUACCUCGAUGCCUUUGGGUACCGUGACAACCAGGCCUUUGACACAAUGAGUGUGGAUAGUACGGACUCCAUUGAAACCAGCAUCUCUGCAUGCUCUCCUGACAAUGUCUCCAGUGCCAGUACUUCAAAUGCGGCCAAGCUUGAAGAGAUGGAGCGUCUUCUGAGAGAAGCCCAGGCAGAGAAGAACCGGCUCCUCGAACACAAGGAGCAAGAGAUGGAAAUGCGAAAGCAGGCACUGGACGAAGAGAAGAAAAGAAGGGAGGAUCUGGAGAAAAGGCUACAGGAGGAGACAAGCAGACGCCAGAAACUCAUCGACCGUGAGGUGAAACUACGAGAGAAACAGAGGGCACAGUCCCGGCCAUUAACGCGGUACCUACCGGUGCGCAAGGAUGAUUUUGACCUACGGGCUCACAUUGAGUCGGCGGGCCACAGCACAGACACAUGCUUCCACCUGUCCAUCUCUGAAAAGACCUGCCGAGGCUACCUGGUCAAGAUGGGAGGCAAGAUCAAAACCUGGAAGAAACGCUGGUUCGUCUUUGACCGCAACCGACGUACGCUCUCCUACUUUGCAGACAAGCAUGAAGCCAAGCUGAAAGGAGUGAUCUACUUCCAAGCUAUUGAAGAAGUGUAUUACGACCACUUGAAGAAUGCACAUAAGAGUCCAAACCCCUCCCUGACCUUCAGUGUGAAGACUCACGACAGGGUCUACUACAUGGUUGCUCCCUCUCCUGAGGCUAUGAGGAUCUGGAUGGAUGUAAUCGUCACAGGUGCUGAGGGAUACACUCAGUUCAUGGUGUAGUGAAGGGGUUGUGGUGGCAGGAUAUGCCAGCGUGCUGUGGCUGCCAGGAUGAGACUCUGAUCCCAUCUUUGUGGCUUUAAAGACUAAGUUUCAUAUUGUUUUGUUGUUUGUUUGUUUUUUUUCUAAUCCUUGGAUUUCUGUGUCUGGAUGGAUAAAAUAUACAUGGUGAAGGAUUAAAACCUGUUCUGUUGUGUGUAAACAAGAGCCUUGAGUUACUCAAGAUCAUUUUUCACAUUUUACCUGCCUUGUUUGCAAAAUGGACAGGGUUUACAGUCGCAUGUGGAGCAUUUCAUGUGAAAUGGUUGGCUGAUAGAAGAUAAUAAUUUUAGCAUUUUUAAGAAAUUUGGUCCCAGAAUAUGAAUGAAGUCUUAAAUGAGCUGUGAUCCACUGCUGUGCCUUGAGGGGAGCUCAGGUGUACCUCUGGAUUUUGCUGAAGUGUAAAGGAUAUAAAUGCUUACCUAACUUUACUCUUAUAUUAGUUUAUUACAGCAAGUGCAGCCUGUGACUCAACAGCUCCUUUUUAGCCAUGCAAAGCUUUUUACGAAAGAUUUUUUAUGUGGAGAUACCAUUGAAAAAUAACUCAACCAGUUUGAGUUCUAUAUUAUGUUAUUGUCAGCAUCUCAUCAUCAACUAGUUAAACAUCGUGAAUCAAUAGUUAUAUUAAGAAGUCCCAUACAAGCUUUAACAACUCUAAUGUGUAAUCCAUGAAUUUGAGGUCAACUUUGCAAUAUUUUUAACAAUUUUAUUUUCAAGUGUGUUUUAGUCCUUUUUAGACCUUUUUAUAUGUACAGAAUAAAUAAUGCGUAUUGGUUUAUUAAAACAGUUAAGCAAAUGUAUUUUCAUUUUCAACCUUUUUGCAUCUUGAUUUAAUUUUAUGUGAUUACUGUGGCAUCCUCAGGUCUUAACAAUGUGCAUGAAUGUGCAUGCAUGCAUCAUGUGUGAAUUUAUACACAUAUGUGCUCAGAAGUGCCUCUUGUGUGUGUGUGUACUGUAUGUACACCUGUUACUGUGAGCUUCUAAUGUAGCUCCAAGGUGCUAUUCUUAUAUAUUGAAUGACAGUAAUAUUUCAAGCCACACUGUCACAUAAAAGAUUUAAAUUGGAGUGAAAUUAUAUACUAAACAUGUUGAUUAUCACUUUGCUUGAAAACAGUGUCACCAUAGGCUCAGAAAAUAAAGCUCAACCAACUGUUUGAACUAAAGUGUCACUUGUUCUCCUGUAAAAGAAUGGGUGAGAGGAAUAAUGACUGUUACUGAGGCACAAAAUUGUGAUAUUUGUACAUUUUGUUUCUAAGUUGUAGUUAGUUAUAAAAUACACAGUUAUAGUCCAUUAUCAACUUCAGAGUCCUCUUUGUGCCUUUUUUAUUAUCAUGAUUGUGUGACAGUAUUUUGACAAGCAUAUUAUAUAUUUUUAAAAGCUAUAUGUAUCUGUAUACUCACAGCCAAACUGCCUGUCGUGAGAAAACACUAAUGUGGAAAUAUGUUCCUGAGUGGUUUUGUAUGGAAGAACACUUGUAGUGUUAAAUUGUCUUUUAAGAUGUCAGGUUGACAAAAUCUAUGGUACAUUUACACAUUUAGCAGGCAUUUAGACAUUAAAACAGACUGAUUAUUGUGCUGCUGAUUAUUGUACUUUAGUCCACUAGCUUUCAUUGCAUUGCUAUUAUUACCACAAAUGUAAUGUUUUAGUUAAACUAUUCCACAUUGAUCACUAAAGCUGCUUUUAUAUUGUAUAUCAUACUCCAUAAUACAGAAUAUUUCACUGAUCAUCUUGUCUCUUGGAAUUGCUUUUUGUUUUCUUAUAUUGACCAAAGUACAUGUUCAUGUGUUAUGAUGUAUAUGUGGUUUCUUUGCUUUGACUUCUUUGAGUACAAUAAGAUCAAAAUUAUGUUUUUACAUGACAUAGCGAGCUUAAUUUUUCCUGUAUUUUGUUUGUUUUCUUUUUCGAAUAAUUAUGUUGAUCCUACUGUAUUUAUGCCAUUACCAGUGCAUGUACCUUGAUUUUGUAUUUCCGUAUGAAUAAUAAAAAUUAUAUAUUUUA